AUGGGGGUCUCCGGCGUCGUUUUCUGGCCGAUUCCCUGUUAUUCCGGCGCUGGAAUCGAUGCCCACUCCCACUCGUCUUCGAAACCCUCUGUUUCUUCAGGCAUGAUGGGCAUGCCUGUCCAUGGAGGAGCCCCUUUUUCUUGUCGGCUUUUGGGUUCAAGGGGUUCUCGGAUCAGAAAGUUUUCAAAUUAUGGGUUUUGCGACGACGGUCACAUGCAGUAUUACUAUGGCUAUGGUUCGACCCCGCCGAUUAGGGGUAGGGCCGGUACUGGGAAGAAGGACCAUGCCAAGGAAAAGGAAACCACAGCGAAUAAGAAGAAGAAGUUGAAGAAGAGGUUGAAAUUGCUUAAAGGUUUGUCCAAGGACUUGUCCAUGUUCUCCGACAUGGGUUUUGGCUUGGAUCCUCAUAAUCAUGGUUUGGUCGACCAAGUCAAAGGGAAGAUGAUAUCGGAAGCAGCGGAGCUGUUACUUGCACAACUUCAACAGCUGAAAGCAGAGGACGAGGAAUUGAAGAAGAAGAGAAAAGAAGACAAGGCGAAGUUGAAAGCUGCAAGCAUGCAGAACAGGCUUGACUGCGAGUUAUCCUCUGGCCCUUCUUCAGAAUCAUCAAGUGAUAGUGAAUGUGGGGAGGUGGUUGACAUGAGCUGCCUGAAAAGUAAAACCCUUGCACCAUCGGUAGUAAAUGAAUUGCAACCAGUCAUGCAAGAAGCAACACUAACCUUUCCAAGCACACCGACCCAAGAAGCAAAUGCAACUGAGUUGCAAUCAGUUAUUCGAGAGGCAAUGUUAGCUGUUCCAACCACAAUGAACCAAGAGGGGAAGAUGAUCGAGGAAAGGGGUAUUGAAAGCAAUUCACGUAAUCUUGAACAGCAAUGCUGCACUGAAACUAGUAGCAGUUGCAAUGUAGGUGUGAGCGGUUCUUCUUAUGAUGAUGGUAGAUCAGUUGCAGUUGCAGCAGCUGUAGAAUCAACAAAGAAGGUUGAGGUCUGCAUGGGUGGUAAGUGCAAGAAAUCAGGCGCUCCAGCAUUGUUGGAGGAAUUUCAGAGGGUACUCGGUGCUGAAGGUGCUGUUGUUGGAUGCAAGUGCAUGGGCAAGUGCAGAGAUGGUCCUAAUAUCAGGGUUUUGAAUUAUACUGGUGGGGUUGAAGCAGAGGGUGUAGAUGAUUCUGUUAGGAUACCAGCUAAUCCUCUUUGUAUUGGGGUUGGUUUUGAGGAUGUGGGUUUAAUUGUGGCCAAUUUUUUUGGAGAAACCCAGAAGGAAUUGGGACUGGCUGCUGCAUCUUAAUUAGAAUUGAUUGUUGAUCCUUUUCACUUGUGUGGAUAUAUUGGUCUGAAUUGGUAAUUGGCUUAGGUUUGUUUGUGUUUUCUUUGCACCGUUGAGAAAAAAACAUUGUUUCACUUGUGCAAAUGUAAGAUACUUGCAUCUUUAAUGUAAUUAUAGGAUUAGUAAUCUUCCUUCUGACUUUCUGUUUUCCUCUAUUUUUGUUAUUAUUGCCUUCUUUGUCAA